AUGGGCAGUACCAACCUUUUCGUGCUUGUCAGGCGUGUGUCGACGUCAUUACAAACUGGCACUGGGAUAGGGCGGCGUGAUGUCCAGUCACAGUCACCGUCACAGUCACAGGCAGAGCAGGAAGAGUAUCUCGCCUAUGCCCUCUUUAUGGCCGACUUCGUCCUCCUCCUAGCGGCAGCAGUAUACGUUGUGCUCGUCGUAGUCAUUUGCUGGAAGUAUAUUUUCGCGGCGGUGACGAUGAUAGGACGGAGCAGUGUUUCAAGAUGUCGGCGAGCAGUAGGCCAGGUAGCUGGACGGCACAGACAUGGACACAAUAGACACGGCAGACGGAGGGGGAUAGACGUUGAAGCAUAUGAAGGGUGCUAUACACCCGAAGAACUGGAAUUAGAAGACGACGGUGGCCGCGAGGAUGACAACGAUGAUGAAGAAAAUGAUCUGGCGGAAUUAGCACACCAACCUCCUCUUGACGAUAUUCGCCACUCCUUGGACAACAUAGACGGCAUGGAUUCACUUGGUAUUUCUAAAUACUUUGAUCCUACCACUGGGAAACUAAGACUUGAUAUCGUGCACCCUACUCAAACGGCGUUGGAUAGGAUGCUUGGGGAAAAGAAAGAAGGACACAAAAGCAUCGCUUGGUAUAAAGCGCUCCAAAGAUUUUCAGACAAUUUUAUUCUGAAAGCUCAGGCAUGGCUUGACAAAGAGGAUGAGAACGAUGGUAGGAGUAAACAUGGAGAGGCGUCUGUGCUGUGCGAUGAGGAGAGCAACAAAGCAGUCCGGCGCAUAUUACGCGAGCGGGCCGGGAAUGGGGGAUAUGAAGACGCGGAGGACAAUAUGUAUUAA